AUGUCUUCUAUGCUGCAACCUCAGAUCAUACUGUUGAAAGAAGGCACAGACACAUCGCAAGGGAAGCCGCAACUCGUAAGUAACAUCAACGCUUGCACCGCCGUCGCCGAUGUCGUCCGCACCACCCUCGGUCCUCGUGGUAUGGACAAACUCAUCCAUGACGAUAAAGGUGCGGUCACCAUCUCAAACGACGGCGCCACUAUCAUGAAGCUUCUUGAUAUUGUUCAUCCCGCUGCUAAAAUCCUAGUCGACAUUGCUAAAUCUCAGGACUCUGAGGUUGGCGAUGGAACCACCACUGUGGUAUUGCUUGCUGCUGAGUUUUUAAGAGAGGCAAAGCCUUUUAUUGAAGAUGGUGUUCACUCUCAAAAUUUAAUACGAAGCUACAGGACUGCAUGUAACUUGGCAAUUGAGAAGAUCAAAGAGCUAGCUGUUAGUAUUGAGGGAAAAAGUCUGGAAGAGAAGAAAAAUUUGCUAGGAAAGUGUGCUGCUACAACACUUUCUUCAAAGCUUAUAGGAGGGGAGAAGGAGUUCUUUGCAUCCAUGGUUGUUGAUGCUGUAGUUGCGAUUGGGACUGAUGAUAGGUUAAAUAUGAUUGGAAUAAAGAAGGUUCCUGGAGGUAACAUGCGUGACUCAUUUCUUGUCAAUGGCGUUGCCUUCAAAAAGACAUUUUCAUAUGCUGGAUUUGAGCAGCAGCCCAAGAAGUUUCACGAUCCUAAAAUACUAUUACUUAAUGUUGAGUUAGAGCUGAAGUCUGAGAAAGAAAACGCUGAAAUAAGAUUAUCAGAUCCAUCACAAUAUCAAUCAAUUGUUGAUGCAGAAUGGAAUAUUAUUUAUGACAAACUGGAUCGAUGUGUUCAAAGUGGUGCCAAAGUUGUUCUCUCACGCCUUGCUAUUGGUGAUUUGGCUACACAGUAUUUUGCAGAUAGAGACAUUUUUUGUGCUGGUCGUGUAGCAGAAGAAGAUCUUAAGAGAGUUGCUGCUGCAACUGGGGGAACUGUACAAACAUCUGUUAAUAACAUUAUUGAUGAGGUUCUUGGAACUUGUGAGACUUUUGAGGAAAAGCAAGUAGGAAAUGAAAGGUUCAACAUUUUCAAUGGAUGUCCAUCUGGCCAAACAGCCACCAUAGUUCUUCGUGGUGGAGCCGAUCAGUUCAUAGAGGAAGCAGAGCGAAGUUUGCAUGAUGCAAUCAUGAUUGUUAGAAGGGCUAUGAAAAAUUCAACUGUAGUUGCCGGUGGAGGGGCUAUAGAUAUGGAAAUAAGCCGGUACCUAAGGCAGCAUGCACGCACAAUAGCUGGGAAGUCUCAGCUUUUCAUCAACUCCUAUGCCAAAGCUCUUGAGGUUAUUCCUCGGCAAUUAUGUGACAAUGCUGGAUUUGAUGCAACUGAUGUGCUGAACAAACUAAGACAGAAACACGCACUUGCUUCUGGUGAGGGAGCACCGUUUGGGGUCGACAUAGCCACCGGUGGAAUUGCUGAUUCAUUUGCCAACUUUGUCUGGGAGCCUGCAGUUGUGAAGAUCAAUGCUAUAAAUGCCGCCACGGAGGCAGCCUGCCUUGUUUUAAGUGUGGAUGAAACAGUUAAAAAUCCCAAGUCUGAGAGUGCACAAGGAGAGGCUGCCGCAAGUGCCAUGGGAGGCAGAGGUCGCGGAGGUGGUUUCCGUGGUCGUGGACGAGGAAUGCGUAGAUGA